GGAAGCCAUACUCGGUGUUCGCUGACUGGUCCACCUAACUUAAUAGGGCGGCCAAGCAGCGUACACCAUAAACUCUCUACACUCCCGAUUGGCUGUCCCCAAUGCGGGUUCCUCCCACCCUCCGCCGCCGUUCGUAAUAUAGACGCCAUUGCCGUUCAAGCACGAUGGAUUUCCAUCCUCAAUUCCGCUACCUGGCUUUCUCGAAACAGCUGACUCUGGAGUCUUCCAAGGAAGCCUCCAAGAUAGCCCGAGCCUCUAGGUCUGCAGCCACGGUCACGACCUGCAAAAUGGCGGAUCAGGUGACGGCGGACGCCAAGGCUCGUGUGGUCCAGGGUGGAGGAGACCCCGGGUGCUGGCAGCUGGUGCUCAGCGAGUGUGAGCUCCAGUUUGGUCAGUACCGGGGCCGGACCUUCAAGUGGCUGCUGAGCAAUGACGUGGGCUACGCCUGCUCCAUCCUGGCCUCUCACCAGAAGGAGCGGGACGGCGGAGACACGUCACAGUCGCCCCUGGCUCGGAACAAAGACGGCCUGGCAUCCUACGCGCAGCUGUUCCCGGACAUGUCCCUGGCCGUCCGCAACCGCAUGAUGCUCAUGGGCGCGCCGGUGGUCAGGGAGAUGGAUGACAAGCUGCUGGAGUUCGGGGAGUACCGCCACGAGACCUAUCGCUUCCUGUACGACUCCCCCGGCGAGGAGCAUCGAUCAUACGUGGCAUGGAUGAGGAAGACCAAGGUGUUCCAGGGCUCGCGGCUGCACUCCUUCCAACAGUACAUCCUGGGCCGAGACAGACAGGCCAAGUACAAAGCAGGAGAGGGUGAGCCGUCUGACCAGCAGCUAAUGGAAGCCGCCGCAGAAGUGGAGUCUCAGCUGUCUGAGGAACCGUCAGCAGCCGCCUCAACCUCCGCCGCGUCCGCGUAGGUGCACUCGCCAGAGGGCAGACAGCUGG